AUGAAGUUGGUUGCUGGACUUUCGUUUCUAGCAGGAGCACAAGCAGCUAUUGAUGCCCAAGCAACAAAUGUCGAUGUCUACAAAACCCGUGGAACUCGACUUUUCUUCAACUGGGAUGUCGCUGGUUCCGACAGCGUCGACAGCUGGGAUGUCAUCGUCACCGACCAGGAUGGAAAGAGAGCAGGAAGCGUCAAGUUCGAUAAGAAAAGAGAUAAUUCUAUCAACAUCGAUCGACUCAAAACCCACCGAAAAUACGAUGUCACUUUGAUCCCCCGAUCCGGCUCUGAGACUGGAACCCCAACUUCCUUCUCCGCCUGGACCUCCCCACAGCCAGUUCAAAACGUCAUCACUGUCGCCCGAUACGCCAGUACCGUUUGGGUAGAAUGGCAACCAGCAGACAACCGACAGGGAGAAACACCAGACCAGUACGUCAUCACCAAUGUAGACGAUUCCAGCGAGAGAUAUUUCACUAGCGACACGAAUCUUCAAAUCGUCCUCGGAAAAGGCGUUUCUCGAAAAUACAUGGUCCAAGCCGCCGCGUGCGACGAUUGCGAAAACCCAUUCAACGACGCUUGGUCCAAGCCCUUUGAAUUCGAAGUCACUUCACUCCCACCAAAGCCCACUGGACUCACUGUUGUCGAAGAAAACAUCCGAGAUUGGGAACGAGCCGAUGUCCUCCUCGCUUGGGACUCGCCAAGUCAAGAAUAUGAUUCAGUCAAGAUCGAGUACUCUCCCAACACUCCCCAGGGCUUCACCAAGUCCCCCACCUUCUUCCCCGGCGCCUGGACCUCCCAGACCAAUAUUGAGGGACUAUACCAAAACGUCGUCUACACUGUUUCCGUCCGAUUCGUCCUCAACGACAUCGAAGGUCCUUCCGAAACCAUCUCCGUCGCCAUCGCCGAUGCCGAGUCCAACUUCCCAAAACAACAGAAUUGCCAGGUUCCAACCUAUCUCCGACCCGAAAACCUCCGCGUCAAGCGUGACAUCUUCGGCUCAACCUCAAUGAAAGUGUCCUGGGAUCAUCCCCGAGCAAAGAAGCCAGAAAACGGAUACCGCCUCGUCUUUGCCCCGUUCACUCCAGUCACCGCGCAAAAACCGUGGUUCCAGGAUAUUGACAGAAACAGCAAUGAGUUCGAGGUUUCCGGCCCAAGCUACGACCCAUACGAUGAAUACACCGUUUCCGUCAUCGCCCUCCACGACGAGCAACUUUCUGCCCCUCAAUCACCAGACUUCAUCGCCUCCACUUUCACCGGCACCAAGAUCCAGAACGAGCGAAAUACUGACUUCAUCGCUCCAGAUGCCUGCUGCGGAAAUCAUAAAUACAGCUCCAAGAUGCAAGAAUGCUGCGGUGGCAAUCUCUACGAUGUCGAUAAUGUCAACACUGCCUGCUGCGGGUCAUCUACCUACUCCCCUGCCACAGAAAAAUGCUGCUCCGGGGGCUUCCUCGUCGCCAGCUCUGCUCGAUGCCCUUGA